ACACAAAGAGAGAGAAAAAAGUGUUUCUAAAAUAUUUCCUUAUUUGUGGAAGAACUCAAUUGGCACACAAUGGAUUUCACCCGUUUUCCUAUUCUCAUUCUCAACCUCUCAAUUUUCUAUCACCACAUAUUCAUAUUCACAUACACAUAUCGAAUAAAUUAUUGUGUUAUGUAGGUUUUUCUAAUUGCUCGAUUUUUGGUAAGAUAUUAAUCAUUUGGAAUUUGAAGAAAUGGGCAAGAAGAAAAAAGAAAUCAUUCAAUUAGAUCGUGAGUCUGUAAUUCCCAUUGUUAAGAACAAGUUGAUUCAUGGUUUAACCCAACUCAUUGAAAGCAAGUUGGAGAGGGAUGAAUUUUCCACAUUUUGUAAAAGAGUAGAGUACACGAUUCGAGCUUGGUAUCAUGUACAAUUUGACGAGAUGAUGCAAUUAUUCACCCUUUUUGAACCUGUUGUUGGAGCUCGCAAAUUGGAAGAUCUCAAUCUUUCUGAAGAUGAAAUUGAUGAGCUUGAGCAAAAGUUUCUUGUUCUUCUAUUUCAGAUGAUGAAUAAAAGCAAUUUCAAGAUAGUAACAAAUCAAGAGAUUGAAGUUGCUGCAUCUGGAAAAUAUUGUCUAAAUCUUCCAAUCAAAGUCGAUGAAGCUAAGCUCAACUCAACGCUUUUGAGAAGGUAUUUUGCCAAGCACCCUCAAGAUAACCUUCCUUACUUUGCUGACCAGUAUAUAAUUUUUCGGCGAGGUUUCGGAUUGGAUCAAAUGACUGCUUACUUUAUUCAAUGGAAAAUCGAUGCUCUUAUUUCACGUACCGUGCAAGGAUUCUUAAGAUUAACUGGUAUGAGAAAGUUCUUCUCAAAGAAGAGAAGGUUACGGUACAUGGGAAAUCAAGAACAACAAGAAGGAAUAGGGACAUAUGAUGAAGAUGAUGAUGAUGGCGAUGAACAUGACUUAUUCAUCGAAAGGAUUCGUAUUCAGAAUAUGAAUCUCAGCAUUUGCAACCUAAUCAGUAAAACAACAAUCCAAGAGCCAACAUUUGAGAAGAUUAUUAUUUUAUAUAGACUACAUUCUACAAAAGAAGAUGGUAGAGCAAUUUAUGUGAAGCACUUCAAACACAUUCCCAUGGCUGAUAUGGAAUUAGUUCUUCCCGAAAAGAAGAAUCCAGGAUUAACUCCAUUUGACUGGGUGAAAUUCCUCAUUUCAGCUGCCAUUGGACUGGUGACAGUUAUAACCCAACUCUGCAAGACCAAGGCUAAUUUAAAAGUGUUGGCACCUAUUUGCUCCGCGGUAGUUGGUUAUUGUGCGAAGAUAUAUUUCACGUUUCAGAAAAAUUUGAAAGACUAUCAGAGUUUAAUCACACGGUCCAUGUAUGACAAACAAUUGGAUAGUGGAAGAGGAACUCUACUACACCUAUGUGAUGAUGUGAUUCAACAAGAAGUUAAAGAGGUGAUUAUUGCAUUCUUCGUAUUGAUGAAAUACGGUAAAUUUACUUGUCAGGACCUUGAUCAUAAAUGUGAGGAGUUGAUAUCCGAGAAAUUUAACGAGCAAUGUAAUUUUGAUGUAGAUGAUGCUAUUCACAAGUUAGAGAAACUAGGCAUUGUCUACAAGGAUCAAAUUGAACGAUACUCAUCUGUAGAUGUGAAGAAGGCUAAUGAUUUCAUUGGCACUACCACAGAAGAAGUCGUGACAAAUGCUAGCCAAGGUGAACAGUGAAGAUGAUGUUCAUUUUUCAGUGCGAUUGAAAAUCUGUGUAGCGAGCCUGAAGAUAGAUAGGCAUCUACCUUCGAGAAUGUUUAAUCAAAUUGCUUCUCUUUAAGUUUGAUUUCAAGGAUAACCGAAAGCCUUAUUAGAGGCCUUAGAAUCAUGGUAUUGUAUUUGUAUGUUCAAGUAUAUGUCAAUGCUUAUUCACUAUGAGUAUGUAAAUCAAUAACACUAAAAUAUCGCUUUGUUUAUCUCAUUAUUCCCCCACAAAUAUGGAAAUCCAAAAUGAGAAGUACGUAUGA